CUGAUGUUCUACUCUGCUUGUUUCUUGUUGUCUGCCUCCUUCAGCCUGAGUACUGAUGGACUUGGAGAUGGUUGCAAAAUGCUUGGGUGGGGGGGUGGGGUGAGGGGGACGUUAAAGAAGGGCAUCCUAGAGAUGUAGGGUGCGUCUGUGAUUCUCUAACCUGGUGCUCCAGCCAAGCUUCAUGGAUGAUCUUUCCCUACGCGACUUCGUGGUUUUGGUUCACCGAGGAGCAUCUGCAGACCAGGUAUGGCAAUGCCGAAUAUGGUGUGUUUCUCUGACGUGGAAACUUUCCUGGACUCGCAUCCCGAGUUGUUCGAGGACUACCUGAACAGAAAGGGCACGUAUGGCAUGGUGGAGAAGUGGCUCAAGACCCACCCGGCGACCAAGGGUCCGGCAUGUCCGGCUGCCACGACCCCGGCCGAGCUGAGGGACGACAAGGGCGCCGCGCUGAGGGACAGCUGGGCGAGCAAAUGUGACGGUCUGCAGCGUAGAGCCUCGCAGAAGGAGCUGCGCAAAACUUUCGCUCGCUCCAAAGCCGUCAACGUCAACAGAACCUACGACGAGCACGUCAACUCGCGGGCCCAGGAGCCACUGAGCAGCAUGCGGCGGAGAGCCUUGCUGAGAAAGGCGAGCUCCCUGCCUCCGACCACCGCGCACAUCCUGAGCGCCCUGCUCGAGUCCCGAGUCAACAUCCCCCAGUACCCGUCCACGGCCGUGGACUUCAAGUACUACCUCAAGGAGCACAACGAGAGGGAGUUCUUCCUGGAGCUCGUCAAAGACAUCUCCAACGACCUGGACCUGACGAGCCUCAGCUACAAGAUCCUGGUGUUUGUGUGCAUCAUGGUGGACGCGGACCGGUGCUCCCUGUUCCUGGUGGAGGGCACCGGCAACAAGAAGACACUCGUGUCCAAAUUCUUUGACGUGCACGCGGGCACCACCGUGCUUCCCUCCAUGAACUCGGAUGAGGUUCAGGUGCCGUGGGGCAAAGGGAUCAUCGGUUACGUGGCAGAGCACGGAGAGACCGUCAACAUCCCUGACGCCUACCAGGAUCGGCGGUUCAGUGAUGAAAUUGACAAGUUGACGGGGUACAAGACCAAGUCUCUCCUGUGCAUGCCCAUUCGCAACAGCGAUGGCGAGAUUAUCGGCGUGGCGCAGGCCAUCAACAAGACUUCAAGCGUGGAACUCUUCACUGAAGACGACGAAAAGGUGCUGCAGAUGUACCUGCCCUUCUGUGGCAUUGCAAUCUCCAAUGCCCAACUCUUUGCUGCCUCAAGGAAGGAGUAUGACAGGAGUCGGGCGCUCCUGGAGGUUGUCAACGACCUGUUUGAAGAACAGACUGACCUGGAGAAAAUUGUCAGGAAGAUCAUGCACCGUGCUCAAACAUUGCUAAAGUGCGAGCGCUGCUCUGUUCAGUUGCUGGAGGACAUUGAGUCACCGGUGGUGAAGUUCACCAAAUCUUUUGAAUUAUUGUCACCUAAGUGCAGCGCUGAUACUGAAACAAGUUUCAAGGACAGCAUGGAAAAGUCUUCUUACUCGGACUGGCUCAUCAACAACAGCAUUGCUGAGCUGGUUGCAUCCACGGGACUUCCUGUAAACAUCAGUGAUGCGUACCAGGACCCUCGCUUUGAUGCUGAGGCGGACCAGUUCUCAGACUUCCACAUUCGCUCAGUGCUUUGUGUUCCGAUAUGGAACAGCAAUCACCAAAUUAUUGGUGUGGCCCAAGUGUUGAACCGCCUUGACGGGAAACCAUUCGACGAUGCAGACCAGCGUCUCUUUGAGGCAUUUGUGAUCUUUUGUGGACUGGGCAUCAACAACACCAUCAUGUAUGACCAAGUGAAGAAGUCCUGGGCAAAGCAGUCGGUGGCUUUGGAUGUUCUCUCAUACCAUGCCACUUGCUCCAAGACUGAAGUUGACAAAUUCAAGGCGGCCAACAUCCCCCUUGUGUGCGAACUGGGUAUUGACAAGCUCUCCUUUGACGAUUUCUCUCUGGACAUGGAUGCCAUGAUAACAGCUGCUCUGAGGAUGUUUAUGGAGCUCGGAAUGGUCCCCAAAUUUAAGAUUGACUAUGAGACCCUGUGCCGAUGGUUGCUGACUGUCAGGAAAAACUACCGGAUGGUUUUGUACCACAACUGGAGACACGCCUUCAAUGUGUGCCAGUGCAUGUUUGCCAUGCUCACGACGGCCGGCUUCCAGGAGACUCUGACAGAAGUGGAGAUCCUAGCCCUCAUCGUGGGUUGUGUGUGUCACGACUUGGACCACCGGGGCACCAACAACGCCUUCCAGGCAAAGACGGGCUCAGCUCUCGCUCUGCUUUAUGGGACCUCAGCUACACUUGAGCACCACCACUUCAAUCACGCCGUCAUGAUCCUGCAAAGUGAGGGUCACAACAUCUUCUCCAACCUCUCGUCCACUGAGUACAGCGACCUCAUGCAGCUGCUCAAGCAGUCCAUCCUGGCAACAGACCUCACACUUUACUUUGAGAACAGAAACACCUUCUUUGACCUGGUCACCAAAGGAGAGUACAACUGGAACGUGAAGGCCCACAGAGACAUGUGCAGAUCUAUGAUGAUGACGGCGUGUGAUCUUGGUGCUGCCACCAAACCUUGGGAAAUAUCCCGCAAGGUGGCAGAGUUAGUGACCAGCGAGUUCUUUGAGCAGGGCGACAGAGAGAGAUCAGAGCUGAAGCUCACUCCUUCGGCCAUCUUUGAUCGAAACAGAAAGGACGAGCUGCCUGGUCUUCAGCUGGAGUGGAUUGAUGGCAUUUGUGCCCCCCUCUAUGAGACGCUGGUCAAGUUGAAUCCUAAACUUCAGCCCAUGCUCGACAUGAUCCAAGCCAACAGGGCCAAGUGGGAGGAGUUGAACGACAAGCGACAACGGGACCACAGCGUCUCUGCCCCAGCGAGCCGCUGCGGCGUCAGCGAGGUCUCUGAGAACAUCGUCUGCACGGUUCCCAAGACGGGCAGCUCUCCCUGCUCAAGCGGCGGUGCUGAUGACACGGCCUCGAAAUCCGUUGGCUAGCUUCCACCAGCGCAGGGCCCGCUUCCUGCUUCCUCUUCUCGAUGCUGCCUGCAACUUGUGCGGCGCAUGCGAGGGCUCUCGCUUUUUGCUCCUUAGAAAUGAGCUCCCCUGAGGUGUCUGGAGGUUGUCACGGUUUGUGGCGCCCUUCCAGGCGGCUGCAAAUGCGAGGAGACCGCCGCGUGUCAUCGUGUCAGCUGACUCUUCUGGGCAUUGCACAACAAGACGUGGCCAAAUAUUGGAGUCUCUGUAAAUGUGUACAUAGGCUACUGAGGACCGUGUUGCAUUCAAGUGCUGUCCCGAAACUCGAAAAGAAGGAUAAAGUCUUGCAGGGGCAGUGCUUGCAAUGUUCCACUUCCUUCCUUCUUGUGCCUUGUUUCAACGACCCCCAUGAAAAAUGCAUGCUGUCCUCAUACACACACAAACACCACGGGAAAUGAAUGGAUGGAUUUGGUGCCGUCAUUUGUAAAGACACCGCUCGGUCACGCAGAACGUUUUUAUCAUUUUGCCUUUAUGCACCACCACGAUGGAGGUAAAUGAAAACAAGAAAAAGUGGAGAUUUUUUACAUUUCAUUGAAGAGCUUUCACAAAUAUAUGAAGUGCCAUUCAGGAAUCACAGCUGUUUUAUGCAGCGUACUUGGACACACACGGUAGACAUUCUGUUCUCCGCUUUCAUUUGGUUCAAAAGGUCAGACAAAAACCAAAGCACAUUAUUCCAUAGGAAAUGAUGUAAUCAAAGUCAAUCAAUCAGCUCCAGACACCCAGGAAUAUUCAAUUCAGUUCAAAAGUGUUUGUCCCCAGGGGGCUAUUAAAGUCACAUACUGUCAGUAAGGUAUUAACCUUUUUAAAAUUAUUUUAAAAUUAUAUUAUAAAUAUUAUUUUAUUAUUUAUUUUAUUUAAAAAAAAGUUUUAUUGACAAAAAUAUGAGGAAAAAAAAAUUGAGAUAAAAACUGUACGUUAUUUAGAAUUGUUUGUAAUUAUUUUAUGUAUCAUUUUAAUAUAUUAUUUAAAUUUAAAUGUAUUUAUUUCAUUUUUUAAAAGUAUUAAUUUUUAACAUAAAUGUUUGAAACAUUUUAUAGAGAAUAAUUAUACUGCAUUAACUAUAUUUUGCAAUUAUUUCAAUUGUAAUUAUUUAUUAUUUGAAUAUUAUUAUUUUAAUGUUCUUAACAAAAUAUGAGAUAUUAAUUACUCGCGUUUUUUUACCAUCUGCUGGUAGUCCCGGGACUUAAACCCGGCAAAAAGUGGGAAUCUCCAGCAAACCAUACCAUACCAUAGCGUAUUAUGCAAAAAUAGACGUAUUUCUCACCUUGAUUUCACAUAUCUUUGUGAAACCUCUAAACCAGGGGUGUCCAAAGUGCAGCCCGAGCGUCAUUUGCAGCCCCCGGCUAUUUUUUUAUUGGCCUGCGGCCAAGAAACCUAAAAAAACCCCUGCAAAAAUGGAUAAAUCAGCAUGAAUUUUACAAGAAUAAAGUCGUAUUCUAACGAGAAAAGUUUACAUUUUUUGAGGAUAAAUUUGUGAUAUUUUGAGGGAAAAUAACAUCAUUUUAGUAACAUGAAGUCGAAAUAUUAAAAAAUAUAUUCUUUUUUUUAAAGAUGUAAUAUAAGAAAGAAGCAAAAAAGUUAAAAUUUUUAAGUUAAGCUGGGCGUAAAAGUCAUAAUAUUGAAAAUAUUAUGGGAAUAAAGUCAUAAUAUUAGGAGAAGAAAAUGUACAAGAAAGUUGAAAUAUUUGUAAAAGUAAAAAAAAACAACAGCAAAAAUGAAAAAAAUCAUUUUGCAAAGGCAUUUUACAAGAAUUAAGUCAAAAUAUUUAGAGAAAAAAGUUGUAUUUUAACAAAAACAGUUCAAAAAUGUUUGAGAAUAACGUAAUAUGAAGAAAACUAACAUCAUUUUAGUAGCAUAAAGUUGAAAUAUUAAAGAAAAGACAAAGUCAUAAUAUAAGAAACAAAAAGUUUUUUUUAUUUUUGGGGAAAAUUAGGUUGGGGGAAAAACUUAGAAUAUGUGAAUCAAUUCAAAAUAUGAUGGAAAUAAAGCCAACAUAUUAGAAGAACAUUUACAAGAAACUUCAAAUAUUUGUAAAUUUCAAAACCAAACAAAACAUGAAAAAUUGCAGCAAUUUAAAAAGAGUAAACUCAAAAUAUGAAGAGGACAAAAGUCCUAUUCUCACAAGAAAAAAAGUUCAAAUUUUACGAGAAUAAACUUGUAAUAUUGGGAAAAAAUAAUGUCACUUUAGUAGCAAAGAUUUUUUUUUUUAUGAGGUUGGGGGAAAAGUUAUAGGUAAAGUUAUAGUAUGGAAAUGAAGUCAAAAUAUUACUGGAAUAAAGUCAUAUUACAAGAAGAAAGCUGAAAUAUUUAGACUUUUUUUAUAUGAAAUAUUAAUAUCAAUGUAGAUUAAUAUUAAUAAAGACAAAGUCUUUAUAGUCUUUUUAAUAUUUGUAUUAAUAUAUCAAUAUUAAUGUAUAAAUAUUAAUAGAAAUGUAUAUUAAUAUUAGGCUUUUUCACUUGUCACCUAAAGCUGAGGUGCAGUUUUUGUCUUGAAAUAUGUAUCAUUUCUUUCAAAGUGGCCUUUGCAUUCUUUAAUUUUUCACUAUGUUGUCCUCGCUGGAAAACGUUGGGGCACCCUUGUCUUAAUUGACACAGUUCUACACUUCAACGACAUGCUGUUUGUUGUUUUAUUUCACUUCUGGUGGUGUAUAAAGGAAAAAUCCUAAAACUAAACCUUCCCUCAUCAAUACAUGAUGAGCGAAGUUUAACCACAUUUCCACAAACACACACGUGCCUUGAUGACGUUACCACGUGUAUUCCUGCUAAAGUAAGCCAUUGAAUCUACCGAAUCAACUCUUAAAGUUGCAUUUACUUAUCGAAUAUUUGGCCUUUUUUCUCCUCAGCGCUCAUCAAUUAUUCUGACUGUUUUACAGCUUUUACUAAAAUAAAAAAAAAAAACUCGAGACUUGUACUGAGGUGCCCAUGUAGUCACGAGCUAAUAUUUUCAUAUUUCCUAUUAUUUUUGGCCUUAUGACUUGUCGUAGUUUUGUUGUUUUGGAAAUGUGUCUUUUGUGCACCUUGGCAGGCAUGGAUGUGCGCGUGCUACUUGACGUGUUUUCAUUGGCCGACGGAAGGAGACGUUCAGGUUGCAUGUUUUCAAAGGCACGCCGAGGGUGUAGCAGCCACGGGAAUAAAACAAAUACCUCGGAUUUCCAAGCAUCCGUGAACAUGCAUGUGUUUACUUCUCUUGCAUGAGUUUAUGCUGGUGAUGAAUAUCGCUGUUCUAUUUUUCUAUCAAUCUCCCCAUCAAAUUGUCUAUUUUAAUGACGUAACGUGUUUCUUGUUCGUGUGUUCAGACCAGUGGGGCGCAAAGUGAAAGCAAAAGCCCAGGCUUGACAACUGUUUCAGUACUCACUUUCAA